AUGGCCGCGGGGGUUCCAUCAGGUGCCAAUAUCCAGCAAACCAUCAAUAGAGAUAAAACGGCUUCUCGAUCACUCCCGACGCUGGGUCGUAUGAAUAAAAUCUCACACACGGGCGAUGCCUAUUUCAACAAUAUUUGGAGGGCUCCUAACGAAUGCUCCAUCAGGUCUAAUCCCCAAAAGGGGCUAUACAACAGGCAUUUUGGGAAAGAUCUUGCGGAGGAGAGGCAAGAAUAG